AUGUUUGCUGACUACAGUGCCCUCACACAGCGACUCUGCAGCUACAAGACCGUAUCCGACUGGCAAGCGAAAUCCGCCCCGGAAAUGCGCAGCAGCGGAUGGGUCGUAGAUACGCUCGAAGUGGCCCUAUGGGGAUUUUUCAAGUAUGAUUAUUGGGCCGAAGGCGCUUUGGCAGUGGCAAACCUAGGAGGCGACGCUGACACAGCGGCGGCGGUUUACGGGGGGUUAGCGGGCGCCUUUUAUGGGGUUGAGUCGAUACCGACGGAAUGGGUCGAUGGUAUGCAGAAUAAGGGGUUCAUUGCGGAGGUUGCUGGGAAGUUGUCGGAGAUUGUUUCUAGGGAGGUUUUAAAUUGA